CUUCGUCCCCCGCCCCCAGCUCCGCGGCUGACGCGCGGGGCCCUCCCGGGCGGGCCGGCCCGAGCCCCGCGCAGGGCCCGGGGGUGGCGGGCAGCCCUGCCCGGUGCCCGCCUCUCCCCCCGCCGCCGGGCGCCGGCACGGCUCGCCGGGUCACGGCAGCCCGCGUGAUAACCGGCGGUUAUUUAUUCAGGCGGCCCCGGGCACGGGAUGCAGACCUCAGGCUCCCCGAAGGCUCGGGUGUCCCCUGCCAGGGGUUUGGGCUGCUUGUCCUUGAAAAAUCUCCCGCCGCGGCGCUCACGGCAGGGGUCCGGCACCCACCGGCCGGCAGCGCCUCACACCGCGGGACACCAGGCACACGAGGUGCUGCUUCUCUCUCGGCCGCCCGCUUAUCUGAGUCUUUUUUUCUUUUCCUCGGCAUCGCUCUGUUCUUCUGAGAAUAACUUCACGAACUCUGAUCAAUGCCCUCAGAACAUGUCUAAUUGGACAAGUCUGUGGUAUGCCUGGUUGAUCUUGCUGACUCUGUUCCUGCUCCUGCUCUGUGGGAUCACAGCAAGCUGCAUCAAAUUCUGCUGCCGGAAGAAGAGGCUUCCAGCUGAGCCCUUCCCUACUCACCCUUAUGAUUUGACAGUUGGUGCUGUUGACAGCGACAGCACUGCCCAUAGCACAGUGACCUCAUACAGCUCAUUGCAGUACCCUCUACGUGUCCCUAUUCCUUUGAUAUUUAUGGAUGUGGAUAAGAACACUGUGUCCCCUCCAGCUUACAGUCUCUAUGCAAUGGAGUUGCCACCUUCUUAUGAUGAAGCUGUCCAAAUGGGUAAACAAUACACUGAAGUAGCACAGAUAAGCCAGAAACAAAGUGAUGUCCCUGGGCAAGUGACGCCAGGUGGGCUGAAUCCCAUCCAGUAUUCGCCCGAUACAACCAACAGAGACCCAGCAACACAGGCAAAUUCAGAAAAUUCAGAAGAUGCUGCACAAGAACUGCCGCAGCUCUGACUCAUUUCAGGAGGGGAGGAAAGGAAGGGAAGGACUGUAAGAGUUAAAGAGGACAUGAAGACUUUGGUGUUAUAAGUGUGUUAUGAUGGAAAGAUGUUUCCUCUCAUGCCCUUGUAAUGAUCUGUCAGUUAGAAAAAAUGUUUUCUGUGACUGCUAUAAUCUGCUGGUAAAGCUUCUUCAAGGAUAGGAAAUGAAGCAAAAGGGCAGCAGUUUAAAAAUGCCUGUAAAAGUGGGACGUGAAUGCUUGUUCAUCUUCUGAUUAAAAAAAAAAAAAAUACUCCUUGUGUCCAGCAUGUGGCAAUAAAAAAGGUCAGGGGAAUUUUGCCAUCUUGGGAACACACGAAGAGUCAGAACAGUGCAAACAGCAAGCUGUCAUUCUGGAACAGAAGCUUCCCAAACUGGAGUUGAAAGGGGAAUCCUAGCAAGUCUCACUGAACAGCCUCUGUAGUUUCUCCUCUUUUGAGAACAUUAACUGUCCAGAAAAUUGCUGGAGUGCAAACUGCUACAUAAUGGCACACGCUCCUUAAACUGCAGGAAGAUGGCAAACAAGGACAGGAAAGUGUGUGGAGGGAAAUGCAUUAUAUUAUGUUUCACAAUGAGACAAGGAAUGAAAUGGAUGAAAAAAGGGAUUGUUGUUCUUCAGUUUUUUUAAAUCGUUAAAAUGCUUUUUUCAGGAUGAGCUGGCUUAUGUGUGGGAUCCUUUUACUACUUAUUUUUGCCAGUUAAAAUACAAAUUAGUCUUAAAGAGACACUUGCACACAUGGGUAAGUAUUACUAAUGUAUUUCAAAUAUUUAUCAAAUAUUUCAGAGAUGCCUCUACAGUUUGUUGUCUGCUCAGGUGUCAGAGUCUCAGUCAGUACAGAAAAGAAAAAAUCAAAGAUACCUGACAGCUUUCACCAGUUUAGUUUGUAGAUGAGUUCAGUAAUGAUACAAAGCAUGCUCUAGCUGUGCCAUCUAGAAGUUAUAAAUACAAAAUACCAUAGUCCAGGGUGGGCAAUAGUCAAAAGAAAUUACUCUUCAGGGAUGAUUCUUUGUGAAGUACUGAUAGCAAGGAUAACUGCUAUGCAUCAUUUUAAAACUGGGAGCUUGGAGUUGAUUACACCAGUCUCAGCCCAGAUAAAAAUAUGGACUGCGAGAGGCCUUUUUUUAAAUGAGAGCUCUUUCCCUUUCUUGCCCCUCCCAUAUUACAAACAGUAUGAAUUCUGUCCACUCCUGAGUAGUGAUUUUCUCUGAAUCCACUUUAGCAAGGUGCUAAUUUGGCAACCUUUAAGAACACGAGCAAUCUACAGGAUGGUUCAUUGCUACAGGAUUAUCUAUGGGAUAAGAAUAGGAAAGAAAGCAUGAGCACUAGGUGCUAUUACCGAAUGUAACAUGAAGUGUGGAGUGCUAGGUCAGAGCUAAUGUUGACUGACCUUCUACUAACAGGAAUAUGACUGAUGGUCUUAUUUGAUGAAGUUGCUUUGGUAGCUGUGAAAAGGGACUACCUUCUGUAAAUAUUUAGGUGUCUGUCAUUAAUAAGCAGUAGAAGCGGUGGGCACAAAAUCUUGUACAGCUUUUAGAAGACUAUUCUCUGACAACUCUUACUGCAAGAACUACCCUGGAAAUGAGCACUAAUGAUUUAAAAAUGAAAAUCUCUCUGCCAGCCAGCAGGACUGAGACUAGAACCUCUGCUACGCAUUCAUGGUGUGUGAGCUGUUCGUGAGUCCAGCUCCAUAGAGAAGUGUUGGUUCUAUAUUGAACUUGCAUAUUGCUUACUAUGAAGGUUGCAAGGAAAGAUUGGUUUAACAAAUCUGCUUCGCUUCUGUCUCUUCUCUGUCACAAUUAUACUUUUCCUGUUUUAUUCUCUCUUCUGCAUUCUUUUUCCA